AGAUGGCAGGCAUGAGGGGCCCGGCCUGCACUGGAGUCUGGCUCUAGAGUCCACAGGGGCUCCCACUUCAACUGGACACAUUCCACAGGACGUGUGCCCAUGAGGUCGUCACCACUGGUCCUGCUCCUCCUGAUCGGCGUCCAGGCUGUGCAGAACAUGGGAGGUGGAUUGGCCCGGUGCGCCGGGGCAGCCAACCACAAAGUCGGACAGCAGACGGCAGCCAAUCACAGAGCAGGACAGCAGCAGACAGCAGCGGGGGACCACCUUUCUGAGCAUCGUAGGACCAGCCACCACAGGACCAAGAGGCCCCAUCGGGCAGCUUCAUACACCCAGGAUAGGAGCCCCGUCGUCAGGCAAUCCACGUCUGACUCCCCCCCAGACCCCUUCAACCCAGUAGUCGACCCCAAGCUCUUCUCCAAGAGACGUUACCGCUCCUCGCCCCGUGUUGUCUUCAGCGAGGUGGCCCCGUCACAUGAUGCCCUGGAAGGUGAGGGCUAUGACAUUGAAGGGGUGAGGGGGGUGAGGGUGAGGCGUAGAGUAGGAUCGCAUACCAUGCACCGAGGGGAGUACUCAGUAUGUGACAGCAUAAAUACCUGGGUGGGCAACCUGACACGAGCCACAGACAUAGCUGGGAAUGAGGUGACGGUGCUGCCCAACGUUACAAUCAACAACGUGGUGAAGAAACAGUUCUUCUAUGAGACUACCUGCCGGUCCCCCACGCACAGAGGCUCCAACACUGCAAACGGGGGAAGGCCAGGGGGACGGGGUGGCAAACAGGGCUCCAGAUCGGGCACCUCGGGCUGUCUCGGCAUCGACAGUCGCCACUGGAACUCCUACUGCACCAACACACACAUAUUCGUGAGCGCCCUGACUACCUUCAAGGAACGGACAGCCUGGCGUUUCAUCCGCAUCAACGCUGCAUGUGUGUGUGUUCUCAGCAGGAAGUCUUGGGCGGGAAGACUAGGGCACUGACUGGGGGGAAGGGGGACGACGACUCCCGGCCACUGAACUAUGAACCAAGCACACACAUUUCUACUAAACAGCCACUGCAGCUUUAUUGCCAAUACUGUAAUCCUCUUCCCCACCUCCAAACACACACACACACACACACUUACACACACAGAAACACCUUCAUCCAUCCAACCCUUUUGGCC